AUGGCUCAGAAAUUUACUCAAACACGAACAUUUAUUACAUGUCUCUGUUGUUUUGUUCUGUCUUCAUUCGUGGUGGCUCAUCAAAACCAGUCUUUUAGUCGACAGUCAUUCGGCGGAAUAGUACCAUGGAUACUGUCACUGUACCAAUCAUCUCAAUCUUGGAAGUCGCCAUCGAUACCACAGAAAAGAUCGAUAAUGCGUUUGGGAAAGCGGGCUACAAUACAUUACCAUAAACGAGCCAUGAUGAGGCUUGGGAAAUAA